AUGUCAUCUAGAAACUGCUCAAUUGAUAACCAGUUAGGCCAAAGUCACAUAGCUAAUGAUCAAGAAGAUCAAGACAAUGGUUUUGAAGAUGAAAGAAUAGACUAUACCAAUGCAAUGUUGAGAGAAAGAAAGAAAUCACAAGAAAUUUUAUCCAAGUUGAAUGCUUCCCAGGGAGAAUUAGGUUCUAAUAAAGUGCAAAUUGGAUUUGCUCAACACGUAAAUGAUGAUCAUUUCAAACAAAUGGAUACAAAGACUCAAAAUCAAUUGGUUUUUGACGUGUUGCCUUCUUUUGAAAUGUAUCAUGCCUUCCAAUUCACAUCAUCAACGGAAAAUUCAAAUGUGGAACCUCCUGAUUACUUCAAUACUCAGGAAAGUUGUGGGUCUGAGUCUUUUAUGACCAUGAAUGAUGAACCUUCUUCUCAUGCAACAACUCCUGCAAACACCUCAUUCCAUUCUAUACCAUCCUCCUCCCCUCUAUCUGAAGAUAUUGAAAGAAAUAUUGUUGAUAGAUCUCAUACUUUACCACAUAUUGAUUCAGAUAAUCUUCAAGUGAGUGUUCAUGUCACAAAAGAUGUUCCAUUAUACCCACGCAAAAAGUAUGAGAUGGAGUCUAUGUUGAAAGAGUACACCUCUGGUGAUGUUGUUCAUGGUUACGUUGUUGUUGAUAAUGUCUCAGAUAAACCUAUUCAAUUUCAAAUGUUUCAUGUUACUUUAGAAGGUUAUAUUACAAUUAUCGAUAAGGAAAAUAAGAAGCAAUUUAUUAAAAGAUUCUUAACAAUGGUUGAUAUGAGUGCUAGUUGGUCUCCCGGUUGUGUUUCUCCAACAGCAAACAUUUCUUUUGAGCCACUUUCCAAAGAUCAAGAAGGUUGUAUUCUUGGAUUGAGAAAUGAUAGAAUAAUUGCUCCGCAUACAAAACAUAAGAAAUUUUUUGCGUUCAAGUUUCCUUACAACUUAUUGGACAAUGUGUGUCGUCAUCAACAAGAAGUUCAUACUCUUUUACCACCAAGUUUGGGUGUUGAUAUAUUGAAAAACAAAGGAAAGUUUUCAGAAAUAGAGUUGAAUCCAGUGUUGAACUAUGGUCACCUUGGUACCCGUGGCUCUCCAGUAUUAACAAAGGAUUUAUCUCAAAGGAAAUUAUGUGUGAGCUAUAGUAUAAAUGCUAAAUUGAUUGGUGUCAGUCCAAAGAACCCUACAACACUGAGUGUAUUGAAAGAAGAUGAAUAUGCAUUACGUUUCAUUCCUUUUGGUUUUGCUGUUCCUUUAUUUUCAUCAAAGAAAACCUUGGAUACAAUGUCGGAAAGUAUUGAACAUGGAUUCGAAAUGGCUAAGCGUGUUUUGAAAUUGAGUAUUGAAGGUAACGCUGAUGAGGUUCAGAAGUUUGAUUUAGAAAUUAAAACUAGACAGCUUAAAGUCUCCUCUAUUGAUUACAGUGGUUCUGUCAAUCAAAGUUUCCCCUUGAGAAAUAAACAUUUUGGUGGUUCUGAUUUCUCAAAAGUUGAAGCUCAAUUAACCUAUCUUGAAGGAAAAUCAAAGUUUUUGAAUAUGUUGAAAAACGGACAAAGAAAAGCAUCAUUAAAUGUUACCAAAAGUGGCUUAAUAACAGUUUCAGCAAAAAUUCCAAAAGAUGGUUUACCUUAUAGAUCACCUUCACUUUUAAGAAAGACAAACGAGGUUUCAAAAUUGUCAGAAAUUGGGUUGAAGAAUUAUGAUACGUUAUCAUCUUCAUUAUCUAUGAAUGAAAAGCAAAAGUUGACGUUUUUGAAACUUCACUUGAAUUUUAUUCCAUCUGAUAACUCUUUAGAAGUCAUCCCACCUUCAAUCAAAUUUGUUAAAGCUUCAUUAAUUGUGUUCAACAUAUAUUCACCAUCACCGAUCCCAAUCAAACUAUCACAAGAUUUAUUUUUGAAAGAAAAAGACUUACAACGUUUGAAGGCAAAGUUUCAAAAUUAUCAUGAAACAUUUACCGACCUUCAAGCCAAGUUUAAGUCAAACUCAAUUGAUAUUAAUUCUUACUUGGAUAAGUCAAUACUACAAGAUAUCAAAUCCAUGAAGGAUUUACAAGUUGAUAAAUUUUCAAUACAAGCAUUUGACUAUUCAAUUGACGAAUCAACUUGGGAAUCAUCACAUGGAAGUUGGGAAAGAGAUGUUAAUUUAUCACUAAGUUUUAAAGAAAAAAUACCCGAAACAUUGAUUCCAAACUUUCAAAGCUGUGUAUUAUCAAGGGUAUAUUCUAUUGGGGUUGAAAUUGGGUUUAAAAAUGGUCAAACAUCUGAGUUAUUUGUCCCUAUUCGUAUUAGAAACUUUGAUGACUUAUAA